UCCACUUCACCUCUUCCCCUCCCCGCAACUUCAAUGGCAGACCACUUCACGAAUAAAUUCCACAGCCAGAGCCAACCUUCUGCCUCCAAACCCGCCAAGCAUGCAGCAGCUCCGUCCACCACCUCAUCUCCGCGACGUUUUCCUUGCCUCUACUGUCCCCGAGCGUCUUGCCAACCUAAGUGAUGAACCUGUCAGGAAAAAGAUAGAGAUAUUCUCUUUUAAGGCACUGUUAGGGCAGCGACUAGGGAAGAGGCUGUUUAUGCAACCUAAAAAAAGAUGGAGAGCACUCGGAUUGUGGCAAGGAGAGCGGCAGCAAGGAAAGACAAUGGCUACAGACAGCGGCAAGGUUACAGGAAUGGGUAUGCAGGGGGUUACAGUCAGCGCCAAGGAGACAGGAAUGUUUCUGCAGGUGGAUACAGACAGUGGCAAAGAGGCAGGAAUGGUGUUGUAGGUUAUACCGCACAGUUCUUCGGAGGGGCAACGACAUUCUUCUUUUAUAACUUCCCAGAGGAAUUGGAGGCAAAGUUUCUAUGGAACAGAUUUCAGUUGUACGGCAAGGUAGUUGAUGUGUAUCUUCCGACCAAACGAGAUAAGAGGGGGAAGAGGUUUGGUUUCGUACGGUUAACAGGGGUCAAGGAUGUGAUUCAAAUGGAGAGGAGGCUGAAUGAGAUAUGGAUUGGCUCCUACAAGAUGAGAGUAAAGAUUGCAUAUGACAGACAGAGGAAAGAUUCAAAGCCCAGAAAGGUUCAAGGCGUGUUUAAAGCUAACGGAUCAACAAGCAGCAUGUAUAGAUUGGUCCAACCAGGGCAUUCAUAUGCACAAGCAGUGAAGGGCCAAGAAAAAAGGGCGGAUAACGUAACAAAACAGCUUCAGGAAAAGGUGAACGAAGCAGUCUCGGACAAGGAAGGGGGCAAAAUAGAGUUACAGGAGAAAUCGGUAGUAGGGAAAACAGAGGAGAUUAUUGAAUACACCCCAACGGGUGAUGAACUACAAUGGCUUGAGGGUGGCAUGGUGGCAGUGGUGAGGUCAAUGGCGUUGGUGUCUGAGAUUCAAGAGCAGAUGGACGCUGAUGGAGGUUCAAUCUCAGUAUUACCAAUGGGGGGAAGACGGGUGCUUCUAAUUGAAAAAGUUGCAGGGUUUUUAUCUGACUAUAUGAAGAAUAAACAGGAGCUGUUUGGACUGUGGUUCGAGUCUAUAAAACCAUGGGAGAUGGACCCAGAGGAGAAUAGCCGAAUGAUGUGGUUGCGCAUAACCGGAGUGCCAUUAAACGCAUGGGAUGAAAGGUGUUUUCAGAUGAUUGGGGAGACAAUCGGAGAAGUUUUGAUGGUUCAUGAGGAUACAAAGAAGAAAUCAAUCUUAUGGGAUGGGAGAGUAUUGAUAUUAGGCUCGGAAUCUUGUAAAGUCUCAAAACAAGUUAAGCUCAAGGUGGGAGAGCAGGUGUUCGAUAUAGAGAUAGUUGAAGAAGAGUGGCGCUCUGACCCGGAUUGGUGGCUAUCGGAGAAUGACCGGAGAAGUGAACUGGAAACGGAGUCCGGUUACUCAAACUCGUGGUGUCAGAAUGAGGAUCCUGAACUGGAUAUGGAUGUGAUGGGCGACGGCGAGGAUACAUGUAACGGGUCAGUGCAUUUAAUGAAGGAGUUGGUUUCAAUUUCAAAUCCGAAGGGGGCAACGGAAACGGAGAGCUGUAAUCAAAGGGUGCAAGAGACAGUAUUGGAAGGGGAUGCAAGCUUUGGGCUGUCCAAGGUAAUUGGGCUACAAAAAUUGAGUAUUGAUGGGCCAGUAGAUAGCAGUGGGCCGAAUAUCGGGAUGGGCAGGGGACAGAUCAGGCAAACGAAUACAGAGGAGCCCAGUUUAAAUGCUCAAAACCAAAUGGAUCCACCGACUAUGCAGAAACCGGAAAACUCAAAAAACGUGAGCAAAAAACAGAGGCUGCUUAGAGAAUGCUAUCCGGAGAGCAUGGAGGAGAUCUGGGACACAGUUGCGUCAAGAGAAACGCCCAGAACAAGGCAGCGACAUGCACGGAGGGAAGGAAAUCGUCAAGCUGGGGACGAAAAGGUAGGCAACGCUGUCUCUGUUUCAAUCUCAGAUGGGUGUAUAGAAAAUAGAAAUAGGGUGCUGCAGAAGGAGUUGAAUAUGCUUGAGGUGAGCCGGAUGAUGGGGGUGGGGAAGAGGUUGGGUCUUAAUUUGGAGAAUUUUGAGGAGGAGAUUCAAUCUAAAUUACUGGAGGUAGUAGAUCGGGAAGGGGCAGGGAGGAGGGACGCGUCGGGGUUGGGCUUGGGGGGGACACUGAAAAAGAAGGAAGUGAGGAGGAUGGUUUCAGACGAGAAGCCCGAUUUUAUGUUCUUGCAGGAAACAAAGCUAGAACAGGUGGAUGUUGGUAUUUGUAGACAGUUGUGGAAUUCAGAUGAGUUUGAUUGGGUUGCGAAGGGCUCUUCUGGAGCUUCAGGGGGCUUACUAUGUAUAUGGGACAGGCGGUAUUUUGUUAAGAGGGAAGAAUUCUCUGGAGAUGGGUUCGUGGGAAUAGUAGGGGAAUGGGGUGUGAAUAAACAGCUGUAUUUUUUAGUAAACGUGUAUGGUCCAAAGGAGAGACAGAAGAAAGCUAUUUUGUGGGAGGAGCUGAGGAGUAGGGUGACAGAUAAGGAGGGAUGUUGGUUAAUAGCAGGGGAUUUUAAUGCAGUGAGAGGUCCUGAGGAGAGAAGAGGAAGAACAGGGGAGUGCCCGGACAUGAAGGAUUUCGACGAGUUUAUUGUGACAACUGAUUUGGUGGAUGUCAGACUGUCGAAUAGAAGGUAUACAUGGUAUAAGCCAGAUGGUACAGCAAGGAGCAGACUGGACAGAUUUUUAUUGAGCACUGAGAUGAGCAAUAUGGAAGGGGAGUGGAUACAGCAAGGAUUGUCAAGGAAUAUAUCUGAUCAUUGCGCUAUUGUGUUGAAGUCCAGAACAACAGAUUGGGGACCAAAACCUUUCCGGGUUUUGGACGCAUGGCAACAACAUCCAGAUUUUAAGAAGCUUGUAGAAGAUAAAUGGAGUGAGAUGGAGGUCAAGGGCUUUGCUGGGUUUAAAUGCCAGCAAAAGCUGAAAUUACUCAAAGGAAUCUUAAAAGGCUGGAACAAGGAAAUCUUCGGGAACAUUGAAGCUCAAUAUGAGCAAGCAGUAAAAAAGAUUGAGCAGGUGGAUAUGCAGAAUGAGAUAGCUGAUCUGGAAAAUGCUGAGAUUGUGAAGAGACAAGAAGGUUUUUCUGAAGUGUGGGAUAUUUUGAGAAAGAAGGAGCUUAUCUGGAAGCAGAAAUCAAGAAGUAAAUGGGUGAGUGAGGGAGAUGCAAACACCCGUUUUUUUCAUAGAGUCGCAAAAGGAAGAAGGGCACAGAAUAACAUUGCGGGUUUAAUGUGUGAAGGGGCAUGGAUUGAAGAUCCAGACUUAGUCAAAAAUGAGGUCUACAGAUAUUUUAGAAGCUUGUUUCAAGGAGAGUCAUGGAAUAGACCCAAACCCGGGAAUAUUAGAUUCCAGCAGAUCUCUGAGGAGAAGAAGGAUUGGCUAGAAAGACCUUUUUCAGCUGAAGAAAUCGAGGAAGCGUUAAGGAGCUGUGAUGGUUCGAAGGCACCGGGACCUGACGGGUACAAUUUCAACUUCCUUAAAUUUGCGUGGCACAGCAUAAAGGAGGAUUUCAUCAACUUUUUUUCCGAAUUCCAUAGUAAUGGAAAAUUGGUGAGGGGUCUAAAUUCUUCUUUCAUAGCCUUGAUUCCUAAGAAGUUGAAUGUUGGGGGAUUAAAGGAUUAUAGACCCAUUAGCUUGUUAGGAUGUGUCUAUAAAUUAUUAGCGAAGGUGCUGGCAAAUAGAUUGAAAUUUGUGGUAGCUGAAAUAGUGAGUAAAACGCAAUCUGCCUUUGUGGGGGGCCGUCAGUUGGUGGAUAGUGUAUUGGUGCUAAAUGAAGUUGUGGAGGAAAUUAAGAGGAAGAAACAACCAGCUUUUGUGUUCAAAGCAGAUUUCGAAAAGGCAUACGAUUGCGUAGAUUGGUCCUUUUUGGAUUGGAUGAUGGAGAGUUUUGGCUUUGGAUCAAAGUGGAGAGGUUGGAUUAGGGAAUGUCUUUCAACGGCGAGAAUCUCGAUCCUGGUAAAUGGAAGCCCGACAAAGGAAUUUGAGAUGGGUAAAGGUUUGAGACAAGGUGAUCCUUUGUCUCCUUUUCUCUUUUUGAUGAUUGCAGAGGGGUUACAAGGGCUGGUAAAGAGAGCAGUAAAGGAGGAAAUGUUGCACGGGAUUGAGAUUGGAAAGAAAGAAUUGUCAGUGUCGCUGCUUCAGUUCGCGGAUGAUACAAUUAUAAUGGGCAGAGCGGAUGCUGAGAAUAUUCGUAUGGUGAAGGACAUCCUAAUAUGGUUUGAGCUGAUGUCGGGGUUGAGAAUUAAUUUUAGCAAGAGCAGUGUUUUCGGUUACAAUGUGUCUGAAAAAUGGCUUAAAGGUGCAGCGAGGGCCAAUAAGAAAAUUUCAUGGGUUAAAUGGGAAGAUGUAUGUCGUGAUAAAGCCAAAGGAGGUCUUGGGGUGCCAGAUUUACAGAGAAAAAAUUGGGCAUUGAUAGGAAAGUGGUGGUAUAGGUUAGGUGAUGGGGUCGAGAGCUUAUGGAAAAGGGUGGUGAGGGAGAAAUAUUAUGGAGGUAAGGAAGAGGUCGAUAUUACUGCUAUUGAGUGUCUUAGGGUGUCAAAGCUUUGGAGGGACAUCAUAAGGAUAGGGGGUUUGUCUCUCAAACUUAGGAACAUGUUAGUUGAGGGCUUCAAGUGGGAGGUGGGAGAAGGUAAUAGAGUGGAGUUCUGGUCUAAUAGGUGGGUUGGAGAUAAAAGCCUUAGGGAUCUUUUUCCAAGGUUAUUUGCACUAUCUAUAAAGAAGGAAGGCAAGGUUUCUGAAAUGGGGACUUGGGAGGAGGGUAGAUGGGUUUGGCGGGUGGAGUGGAGGAGGGGUACAAUAGGGCGAGAGAAAGAUGAGGAAGAAUUGUUGGAGAAGAUGCUGGAGGGUGUCAAUCUAAAGGAGGGGGCUGGGGACGUUUGGAAGUGGGUCCAUGUGAUGGAUGGUAAAUAUGAGGUGAGGCUAGCGUAUGAUUUUUUAGCUUCUACGGAGAGGAUUUUGGAGGACCAGAUGUGCAAACUAAUAGGGUGCAGGUUGGUGCCAUCCAAAGUGGCUUUUUUUGGGUGGCGACUGUGUUUAGAUAGACUCCCAACAAAGAUUAAUUUGCAAAAACGAGGGAUAUUGUUGCAGGAAGGGGUUUUAUGCGAAUGUUGUAAUGGGAACGUGGAGGAAGUUAAUCAUUUAUUUUGUGUAUGUGAAAGUGCGUGGUUAGCUUGGUCUCAAGUGUUGAGUUGGUGGGGCUUAGAGUCUGUUCUGCCUAACUCAGUUGCGGGAGUGGCAGAAUUUUUCAUUGGAGGUUUGGGCAGAAUAGUUGGGAAGGAGAUGGGCUCAUGUAUUUUCCUAGUGGUUGUUUGGUAUUUAUGGUACAGAAGGAAUGUUCAAGUGUUUCGUAAAGAUGAAGGUAUUCCAGAAAACCUGCUGGAUAGGAUGCAAGUUAAAACCUUUGUAUGGAUUAAAACCAAAGUCAAUGGCUGUGUUUUUUCCUUUCAUGAAUGGAAAUCCUGUCCUAUGGAGUGUGCUAUGUCUAUCAAAAAUUAUAAAAGGAUCAGGAAGCAGUUCUAUAAAGCGGUAGCGGCUUCUAAUUGAUGGAUAGGCGGAGCAGUUUUAUCUUUAAUUGCCUUGUUUUGGGCAUCUGAUGUUUUUUGGUUCAGGUGGGUUUUGUUUGGUUAUCUUAUAUGGUCUUUAGGAGAGUAGCUCUCCUCUGUUCUGGUUUCCAAAUCUUUGUAUAAGGGCAGGAGCACCCCUUGUGCUUCAUUAAUUUAAUUUUUUCUUUGGCUGAUCAAAAAAAAAAAGUGAUGAACCUGUC